AUGGAGAUAGAGUCGGUCAAGUGUGAGUGCUGUGGCCUGAGGGAGGACUGCACCCCGGACUACAUUGCCAGCGUGAGAGCAGGCUUCCAUGGCCAAUGGCUGUGUGGGCUGUGCUGUGAGGCCGUCAGAGAUGAGGCAUGCAGGAAGAAGGCUCACCCAGGAGUAGAGGAGGCUGUGAGGGCUCACAUGGCGUUCUGCAAGAUGUUCAAGUCGAACCCCGCCAUCCGUGUGGCCGACGGCAUGCGCCAGAUGCUCCGGAGGCGGUCCGGUGAUAUGUCAAAGCCGGAAUCAACCAAGAAGUACAGCACCUCUCAGGUUGGAGACGAAUCAUCAGUGACACUGUAUUGA